CCAGGCUGCGAGACUUUUGCGGGAGAACCUGAACGUCGUGCUCCCGACUCCCGUUAAACUAGUCCAUCAUUUUCUGCUCAUAUAUCUUCGUCGUAGACGUUAAUUAACCGUCUCGCGGGUUUUUAUCGUGCAAAAGCUGUAAAGUUGUGCAACUUGUCGUUCCGUGACACAUACGACUGUAGUAGAUUUUAAAAAGGAAGACGAGAGAGAAAUAAGUCCAGGUCUGCAGUGUGACCAAGCGGCGGAAACAUUGAAAAGGUGUCGAUACACUUAUCCGGAGACAUUUGUUAGAAAUACUUCGAACGCUCGAAAGAACAAACGGAUUCGAGAAAAUGCGUAAUCCUAGCACACGACAAAUUCUCAAAGACGAAGAAUGCUUCGAGAUAAUUCGCAAGAAACUUCACAAAGAUUCUAUGGAGGAUUUUUCGUUAAUCACAUAUGAAGUUAUUCCUAUAGACGAGGUAAAUGGAUUUAUGGGUCAAUAUUUCACCUUGAAGGCUACCGUGGCUUCUUCACAAUCGCCGUUGGAAACGAAGAAUAUCAAAUUCUUUACAAAACUGCCGCCACCAAUGACUAGUCCGCAGUACGAUUUUAUGCAACAGUAUGGUAGCUUCAAAAAGGAAGUUGCUCUUUACACUACAGUUUUCCCAGAAGUGUUGGACGGUUUUGACAAAAGGUGUAUUCCGGAAUGUUUCCUCGGUUUAGAGGAUGACGUGAUUGUUUUAGAAGACAUGGCUCACAACGGCUUCGAAAUGACUGACAAGUUCAAACCGUUCGAUUUUGAACACUGUACGAUUUUAAUGAAGACGUUGGCCAAAUUCCACGCAAAGUCUCUAAUUUUUGAGAAAUUGUACCAGAAGAAUUUGCACGAUGAAUAUUCUCAUUGCAUGCAAGAAACACUUUGGCCUCUAAAAGAUGGCCGUGCCAAGAAAAUGUUCGAUGCAGCUGUGAAGGGCAUUGUUUCGUUGAUUGACUUGAUACCAAAUUUGAACGAGGAACAACGAAAGACGUUUAAGUCGAAGGUUGCCGAGAUGUGCGCUGAUCAUGCAAAUAAAUUGUUGCCGUCUCUGAAACACAAAAACGUACUUUGUCACGGUGACUUAUGGGCUAACAAUAUUUUAUUUAAAUACGACGCGGACGAAAAACCUGUCGAGUGCUGUUUCAUCGAUUUUCAACUUGCCAGAUACAAUCCACCUGCUCACGAUAUUCUUUGUUUUCUUCAAUUUACGACGACACGACGAUUCCGCGAAGAACACAGUGAAAAGUUAUUCAAAAUUUACCACGAGACAAUGGCGGAAUUUGUGCAAGAAGCUGGCCUAGACAUUGCCAACGUGUUCUCUUGGAAGGAGUUCCUCGAAUCCAUUGAAGACUUACGACUGAUGUGUAUACUACACGGCGUGUUGAACAUACCGAUUAUGUUGCUAGAACCUAGCGCUGCGAGCAAGUACUUCGCGGACGAACCAGAGCUCUUGGAAGAUGUUCUCUACGUAGAUAGAACACCUUUGAUUUGCGAACAAGUGAACAACGUGCCUCAAUACCAAGAUAGAAUGAUGGAUGCCUUGUUAGAACUAUAUGACCAUGUAGCUGGUUAAAGAAACCGAAGCAAUCAGAUUGAAUUGAUACAACGGAUAUUAGUAUUUUGUUUUCACUGUAGGCACCAGAGACACAAUGCACGCACCCCAAUCAGUCGCUAACUUGGAAAGUAUGCGACGAGUACAGCAGGCGGUAACUCCAAAUACUCUCAGAUAAGAAAAUCUUUUGAAAUUCAAAAAUAUUCGCCAACCAUCUCGAUUUCUAUUCAAAGACGAUAAUAUUGAGCAGAACCACUCUAUUGCUCUGAGAGCUGAUUGUAGUAGGAAUUAUUGAUCACGAUAGAUUCACAGUUUUUGUUACUUUGGCGUUUGUUGAAUUUACCGAAUUUUUCAAUGUACACGUGUACUUUAUUUAUAAUCGUACACAAAAUAUUAUACGAACACCGUUUCUUAGGAAAGA